UCAGAGCAGAAGUGGGAAAGGGCAGAGAGCGUAAGAGACACAGACAGAGUAGCAGAGACAGGGAAAAGAUACAGAGAGAAAGAGAGACAGAGACAGACACCGAGAGAGGUUCCCGGAGCUUCUCCGUCCGUGCAGAACCCAGCAUGUGGGGCUAUCUGUCUCUAUUGCCUAUCUUCCUGGCCCUGUGGGCUACUGCUGGCAUCUGGAUCGUGUUCGGAAUUGCUGUGAUCAAUAGGACAGUGGACCUCUCAGAGGGCUUUCCCUACAUCAGCUUUUGCGGAUCCUACCCUCCUCAGAGCUGCAUCUUCAGCCAGUUCCUCAACAUGGGUGCUGCCAUGGCUGCCUGGACCUGUAUCCUGCGUUACCAUCAGCUCCGGGACUGGGGUGUGCGGACAUGGCUUAACCAGAUCGUCCUGUGGACUGGCCUCCUGUGCACCCUGGGCACCUCCAUGGUGGCCAAUUUCCAGGAGAAGAACCAGCUGCCCACCCACCUGGCGGGGGCCUUCCUGGCCUUCAUCGUGGGCAACGUCUACUUCUGGCUGCAGCUGCUCCUCUCAUGGUGGGUCAAGGGCCUGCCCCAACCUGGAGCGCCUUGGAUCCGGCAGCUGCGCCUGGCCCUUUGCAGUCUCUGCACUGCCCUCAUCGUGGCCAUGAUCAUCCUCCAUGCCUGGACGCUGCGCUCCGCCUCUGCCAUCUGCGAGUGGGCAGCUGCCAUGUUGCUCUUCCUGCAGUUCGGCCUCUUUGCGGUGGACUUCUCGUGCCUGGAGGGCUGCAGCCUGUGUCUACACCCCGGGCCCGGCCUCAGCCCGCCGCCCGCCGCCCUGCAGGUCCAGCUGUCACAGGCGCUCUGA